AUGCUAUCCUUACUGCUAUGUAUGUUGUGGAUUAUAGUGAGGAGAAUGAGGGUUACCGUUGUUUCCCGGCCCGACCCGGGCAUUGGUACUGCUGCGCUAGGUGCUUGUGAGGCUGCUGCUCUAGGUGCCAGUGCGUCUGCGCUCUCAGGUACUGGUGAGACUGCGCUCUCAAGUACUGCGUCGUCCUCGUCCUCCCUCACUUUCACACUUGACUCCGGAGCUUCUCGCUCCUUCUUUCGAGACCGCACUACCCUUACGCCGCUCGGCCGGCCGGUUGCAGUCUCCCUUGCUGACCCCUCUGGAGGUCCUGUCCUGUCUCACUUCUCCACUGUCCUCCCGUGUCCGGCUGCCCCUUCGGGCACCCUGUCGGGUCUGUACCUUCCCUCGUUCUCCACGAACUUGGUUAGUGGAGCGGACCUGCAGGAUGGGGGUGUUCACCAGUUCACUCCUGCGAGUCAGCGGGGUGACCCACUGCACGGAGGCACGCACAGGCCGACACCUGGCCACGUGGCUGCGUCGGGUCAGGUACUUGCUGCUGCGUCCCGGUCAGGUCCUGAGUCUGCCCCCUGUUCUUGUCGCCUCCUGUCUCACGAGACUCUCCUGUGGCACCACCGUCUUGGCCACCCCUCCUUGCCCCGUCUUCGGAGCAUGGCUUCCCGUGUCCUUGUCUCUGGUCUUCCCCAGUCUCUCCCUCCUCUCCCCUCCGGGCCAGGACCUUCCUGUGUCCCCUGUGUCGAGGGUCGCCUCCGGGCUACUCCUCACUCCUCCCACUUCCCCCCGACAGAGGCUCCCCUGCAGACGCUUCACAUGGAUGUGUGGGGCCCAGCCCCCGUCCGUGGGCAGGGUUACGAGCGCUACUUCCUGUUGGUGGUUGACGACUACUCGCGUUACACCACAGUCCUCCCCUUGCGCAGCAAGGGUGCGGUCACUGAGGUGCUGAUCGACUGGAUCCGCGAGGCUCGUCUCCAGCUCAGGAAGAGCUUCGGCUCGGACUUUCCUGUUCUGCGUCUGCACUCUGACAGAGGCGGAGAGUUCUCUUCUCGCCUUCUGCGGGACUACUGUCGGGCACGGGGGAUCUGCCAGACCUUCACCCUUCCGGACUCACCACAGCAAAAUGGGAUUGCUGAGCGCCGCAUUGGCAUGGUCAUGGAUGUCGCUCGUACGUCCAUGAUGCAUGCGGCUGCCCCCCAUUUUCUGUGGCCGUUUGCGGUGAGGUUGGCGAUGCGUCUGUGUUCCGUGUCUGGGGGAUCUCGGGCGUUUGUCCGCGACUUGUCUGCGGACAAGCUGUCCCCUCGUGCUGCUCCCUGUGUCUUCCUUGGCUUCCCCACUGACGCCCCAGGGUGGCAGUUUUACCACCCCUCCUCUCGUCGUGUUCUGUCCUCCCAGGACGUCACGUUCGACGAGUCAGUCCCCUUCUACCGUCUCUUCCCCUACCGCACUCCUUCCCUCCCCCCUCCCCCGGACUUCCUUGUGCCGGUUCCCCCCCCGGUAGACCCCCUCCCCCCUCAGGUUCCUGCCCCCUCAGGUGUGUCCCAGGUAGACGCCGUUGACCCGGUCGAGGUUACUGGUGACUCUGGUGCUGCUGCGGGUGCUGAGCCUGGGGGUGCUGACUCUGGGGGUGCUGUGCGCGGGGGUGCUGAGCCUGGGGGUGCUACUGGUGGGGGUGCUGGGCCUGAGGGUGCUGGGUCUGGGGGUGCUGGGUCGGGAGCUGCUGAGCCUGGGGGUGCUGAGCUGGGAGCUGCUGAGCUGGGGGUGCUGCGUCUGGAGCUGCUGAGCCUGGGGUUUCUCCUACUGCUGCGUCUCGCCGGGAGCCCCUCUCUCCACAGGAGCUGCGCGAGUGGUUCGCUCGCCGCUGGAGGCGUGCUGCUGAGUCUGGAGGUGCUGCUGGAGCUGGAGCUGGAGCUUCUUCGACCGUCGAGGGUGGCGGGUGCUGCCGGUCCCGGAGCUGCUGGACGUGCGGGUCCUCCUGGAGCUGGAGCUGCUGAGGGCGUUCGUGCUGUUGGUCCUGCCGCUGGAGGUGUGGGUGGCGCUGGUGCUGUAGCUGAGGGUGCUGGUGCUGUCCCUGCUGAGUCUGGAGCUGCCGCGCGGCCUCGGCCGUACUUCGUUCCGCUCCUACAGCAGGUUCUUGGUCUUUCUCCUCCAGUAGAGGGUCCACCGCCUGUCCAGUCGCAGUCCCUACUGGAGCCUUCCUCUCCACUGCCUGCUCCCUCUCCUUACACUGGUCCUACUGGAGGUCUUGCUGAGCGUCGUGAGCCUGCGUCUCGUCCCGCGUCGCCUGUUCGUGCUUCUCGCGCUAGUGGUCGCAGUUCGCGUCAGCGUCCUCCUCCUGUCCCUGGCACGCUCCGGAUGUCUCUGCGUCCGUCCACUGCUCCUCUGCGUGCCCCUUUGCCUUCUCCUCCUGAGUCCUCUCUUCCUGCGCUUGCCGACCCUGAGUCGGACUCUCUUCGCGCUGCCAGUCCUACUGUCACGCGUCUGCUUGCUACUGUCGUCACUGACCCCUCUUUUGAGUCCACUGCUGCGUCUGCUCUAGUCGCUGAGCUCGUUGACUUUGCUGCCCGCUGUCGUCUCGACUACGCUGCUAGUCUUGUUGCUGAGUCUGUCUGUCCUCCGUCCGUCGGGGGUGAGUGUGCUCUUGGCACGGACGUCCUAGAGGACAGGCAGGAGGAGUUACAGUGUCUAGCGGCUGCUUCACCUCAUCUCGCGUCUGUACUGCUUGCCCCUGAGGGAGACCCGGAUGCACUAGACAUCCCGACUCCGCGUUCUUACGUGGAGGCCGUAGAGGGUCCCUACUCCUCUCAGUGGCAGGCAGCUAUGGAUGCAGAGAUGGCUUCCUGGAAGUCCACAGGCACCUAUGUUGACGCGGUUCCCCCUCCUGGGGCGAACAUCGUCAGUGGCAUGUGGAUCUUCAGGGUGAAGCGGCCGCCGGGCUCUCCACCUGUCUUCAAGGCACGGUACGUUGCUCGUGGCUUCAGUCAGCGGCAGGGAGUUGACUACUUUCAGACCUUCUCUCCCACCCCGAAGAUGACUACUCUUCGGGUGCUGCUGCACAUAGCCGCUCAGCGCGACUACGAGCUUCACUCUCUCGACUUCAGCACUGCGUUCCUGCAGGGUAGCCUGCACGAGCAGAUCUGGCUGCGCCGUCCGCCUGGCUUCACUGGGACUUUCCCUCCUGGCACCCAGUGGAGCCUCCGACGGCCAGUCUACGGUCUCCGCCAGGCACCGCGUGAGUGGCACGACACACUGAGGACUACGCUUGCGGCUCUUGGGUUUGCUCCUUCUACUGCUGACCCGUCGCUGUUUCUUUGCACCGACACUUCCCUGCCGCCGUUCUACAUCCUCGUGUACGUCGACGACUUGGUCUUUGCCACAGCGGACACUGCUGGACUCGCCUACGUGAAGUCCGAGCUGCUGAAGAGACACACGUGCACAGACCUGGGUGAACUGCGCAGCUACCUUGGCUUGCAGAUCACUCGGGACAGAGCACGCCGCACCAUUACCUUGACUCAGUCACACAUGGUGCAGCAGGUCCUUCAGCGCUUCGGCUUCACGUACUCCUCGCCUCAGGCCACUCCUCUGCCUACUCGCCACUCACUCUCAGCUCUGCCUUCGGAUGAGUCCGUAGAGUCGAGUGGUCCGUAUGCAGAGCUUGUUGGCUGCCUCAUGUACCUGAUGACCUGCACACGACCUGACCUUGCAUACCCCCUGAGCAUUCUUGCACGCUGUGUUGCUCCUGGGAGACACCGACCAGAGCACAUGGCUGCAGCGAAGAGGGUAUUGCGCUACCUGUGCAGUACGUCGGGCAUGGGGCUAGUGCUUGGAGGGCGGAGUCCAGUGGUCCUUGCAGGCCACGCGGACGCUUCUUGGGCUGACGACCAGGCUACGCAGUGGUCGUCACAGGGUUACACCUUCAGCCUUGGUUUCGGCUCUGUCUCGUGGCGGUCUACUCGCUCGUCUUCAGUUCUCGGCUCCAGUUGUGAGGCUGAGAUCUACGCCGGGGCCAUGGCUGCACAGGAGCUUCGCUGGCUCACCUACCUGCUGACUGACCUUGGAGAGCUGCCUCGUUCUCCUCCAGUGCUGUACGUAGACAACAAGGCCAUGCUAGCCUUGUGUCGAGAGCAGCGCUUGGAGCACAGAACGAAGCACAUUGCUCUCCGCUACUUCCUUGCUCGUGAGCUGCAGCAGCGUGGUCAGUUGCGACUUGCGUACGUGGCCUCUGAGGCCAACACUUCUGAUGUGUUCACCAAGGCACUCGCGCCUUGUGACCAUCAGCGCUUUUGCACCCAGCUGGGUCUUGUGCCUGUCUUGCCUCACUUGCUCUCCUCUUGA